AUGAACGGAAGCCACUGGUUCGAGUUUCCUGAUGAUGAAGAAGUAAAGACACAAGAUGAGGCCGAUAGUCUUUCCUUUGGCCUCAUGUGCAGACUUCUGGACGACCGUAACAAUCUAUUACGGGGUUUCGUGCGUGAAAUUACUUUUCAUCACAACGAGCAUGAUACGAUAACAGUAGAUCGUGUUUGGCGAAAGCUGCAGCCGCCCAACGAUGUUCUCACGACCUUGGUAAAUAGACUGCCUAAUCUAGAGGCCAUACAGGUUGAUCGGCCGGUGCUGAAAUCUGGAUACAGUUUUCAGAACGCGCUUCCAAUAACAGAUAACCUUGUGAAUGCCCUUCUCCGCCAUAAGAAAUCCCCGAAGCUCCAUCUCCUGGGGGAAGAUGGCAGAACUCGGGUCGACAUUAAGAUGCCCUUUGUGCAGAAACUGCAUACUUGGGUAGAUGCCCAAGAUAGAGCUCCCAGAGACCGCUCGGAGACAGAUAUAUUCGGGGCUCGCGCGUGGGAGCCGCAGAGGUUGGCUUUGCAUGAGCUUUUCAAUACCUUCCCGAAUCUUGAAGAACUAUCAGUAUCUGUCAAUUGGCUGCUGGGAGGCUGUGUAAUGGAUGGCCUGCCCUCUCCUACCAGGAUACUGGGGCUUGUUCUAUCCGAAGAUGCCACAUUCCCACCGCUCAAAAGCCUUUCACUGAGUGGUUACCCUAUCGAAGGAGAUGAAGUUGCUAUCUGGCGGGACAGAUUCCCUUGGGAGAAACUACAGUCUCUCAGUGUUGGCGUCCAGCUACUACCAUCUACCCGGGGGCUCUUGGAGCUAGCCACGGGAAAGCUGGUCAAUUUGAAAGAAUUUCGAAUUACUAGCUACAAUCGUUUAAGGUCGUCAGCCGAACUUGAUGCCUUUUUGUGCUCAUUUAAUACUCUGGAAAGUUUGACCGCCAAAGGAGCAGUCCCUUCUUUCAGUUCGGUGAUUCAUCAAUCCAAUCUGAAGCAUCUCUGCUUACAUGCGAUCGAAAAACCUGAUAUGGAAAGAGAGACUCUGGAUGUUGAGCAGCUUGAAAACUUGAAUCAAUAUUGCCCUGAGCUUACAACCCUGGAAAUCGACUUGGAUCCGAAUGGCACAUGGCCCGACGAUAUUAUCAGUGUCAUAGCAACCUGCUUCAAGAAUCUUCGUCGACUUUCCAUUCACGUUGGACUAGGUAUCGCUCAUGUGAAAGAUACAUUUUCAAUGGAGGAGGAUUUUGCGCAAGUUUUGACAGCAUCAAAGGCUAAAGACUUUGCAAAGCGCCUCUUUAAACUCAGAGGACCGUCCGUUCUGGAGAUGAUUACGCUUAAAACAGGCGAAAACCUGCGUUGGUUUCCGCAAUGGCAUCCGGAGUAUGCCGAAGCAGAAUUUCGCUACACGGAGAUAUUUGAAAUCUAUGCUCCUUGUGACGAUAAUGACGAGCCACAUUUCAAGGAGUCGGAAAGCGAAUAUAUCCGUCUGAUGAGAGCAUUAGAGGAGGAUAGCAUGGCUUUCUGGGAUUCUACGGGUCACCCCAGCGCAGAUUCAAAGUCUCAACGGCUCAGCAGGUCUCCUCGUAUAUUCAAAGAUCCAGCUUUGCCACUUUGUGCCUAG